AUGACUGUGUAUGUGCCACAGGUGGGCCUAGACGAAGAAGAGAAGAAGAGUUUUUGGGAGAUUUUGGACAAGGUGGUUAGAGGCGUGCCUAGUUCGGAGAAUAUUUUCAUAGGUGGGGAUUUCAAUGGGCACAUCAGGUCUUCGUCAUUAGGGUAUGAUGAUGUGCAUGGGGGCUUUGAGUUUGGGGUUAGGAAUGAUAAGGGAAUGGCUCUUUUGGAUUUUGCGAGGGCCUUUGGGUUGGUGGUAAUGAAUUCUAAUUUUUUGAAGAAGGAAGAGGACUUAGUUACCUUCCGCAGUAGGAUAGUCAAGACUCAGAUUGGCUUUUUGCUGCGUAGGAAGAGGGAUAGAACAUUAUGUAAGGAUUGUAAGGUAAUCUCGAGUAAGAAUUUUGUGACCCAGCAUAGAAUCCUAGUGAUGGACUUGGUUAUCAAGAAGGACAAGUUGAGGCAGGGUGGGAAAGGUUGA